CCGGAAUGAACAGAUUCUCAUCGAGACAGACGGGAGUGAAUGUGGAUUUUUACACCGCUGUUGUGCCGUUAACCUUCCCCCGGAGAUUGUUGUUUGCAUCCUGUUAGAUUUAAGGAAUUUGUGAUUAUGGUGAUUAAAGUUUACAUCGCAUCAUCCUCCGGAUCAACAUCGAUCAAGAAACAGCAACAGGAUGUCAUGGGCUUCUUGGCAGCCAAUAAGAUUGAGUUUGAGGAAUGUGACAUUGCAGCUGAUGAAGACAACAGAAAAUGGAUGCGGGAAAAUGUUCCAGAUGAUUUCCGACCAACCUCAGGGAACCCGCUACCUCCUCAGAUCUUCAACGAAGAGAGAUAUUGUGGGAACUAUGAGGCAUUUUUCGAUGCCCGUGAAGACAAUGCUGUGUAUGCGUUUCUUGGCUUGACUGCGCCCCCAGGUUCAAAGGAAGCAGAAGCCCUAUCUAAGAAAAGCCAGAUGUAAUCUAGAGAACCCGCUCCAGCACAGCUGCUGAACUCCUGCACUUUCUGAUGGUUUUCUUUUCUUUUUCUUAUUGGUUCAUAUCUUUUUUCUUUCUUUUUUUUUUUUUUUUGCACCCAUGAAAUUAUGUGAUGAGAUGGAAUUAUGUGUCCACUCAAGAGCCCUUUUCAUUAAUUCACUGUUAAAUGGC